GGCAUCUUCCCAAAAUAACAUAUACAGCUUUCGGUGGCCGCUGCCUUCCCCACAUAGGAACAAUUUUCCCUGUCAUCUUCGUCCUUCAUACUCAUAUCCAGUAGCUAUGUCUGCCACAGCUGGUCAGAUUAUCAAGUGCAAAGCGGCGGUGUCUUGGGAAGCAGGGAAGCCACUGGUGAUUGAAGAGAUAGAAGUGGCGCCUCCCCAGGCUGGAGAAGUGCGUCUGAAAAUCCUCUUUACCUCUCUUUGCCACACUGACGUUUACUUCUGGGAAGCAAAGGGUCAAACUCCAGUGUUCCCUCGUAUAUUAGGUCACGAAGCCGGAGGGAUUGUGGAGAGCGUAGGGGAGGGAGUGACCCAUCUGAAACCAGGAGAUCAUGCUCUUCCGGUAUUCACAGGCGAGUGUGGAGAGUGCCCACACUGUAAGUCGGAAGAAAGCAACAUGUGCGAUCUUCUGAGGAUCAACACGGACAGGGGUGUCAUGAUCAACGACGGCAAGUCCAGAUUCUCCAAGAACGGACAGCCAAUAUACCAUUUUGUGGGAACUUCCACAUUCAGCGAGUACACCGUGGUGCAUGCUGGGUGUGUUGCUAAGAUUGACCCCGCUGCUCCUCUUGACAAAGUUUGUGUUCUCAGUUGUGGGAUCUGCACAGGAUUUGGUGCUACUGUGAAUGUUGCAAAACCAAAACCCGGUUCCUCUGUUGCCGUUUUCGGCCUUGGAGCUGUUGGACUGGCUGCCGCUGAAGGGGCAAGGGUUUCUGGUGCGUCCAGAAUUAUUGGGGUUGAUUUAGUUUCCAGCCGUUUUGAGCUAGCCAAGAAGUUUGGGGUUAAUGAGUUUGUGAACCCAAAAGAUCAUGACAAGCCCGUGCAAGAGGUCAUAGCUGAAAUGACUAACGGAGGAGUGGAUCGCGCGGUUGAAUGCACGGGGAGCAUCCAGGCCAUGAUCUCGGCAUUCGAAUGUGUUCACGAUGGUUGGGGUGUUGCAGUACUAGUUGGAGUGCCAAACAAGGAUGAUGCGUUUAAAACGCAUCCUAUGAACUUCUUGAACGAGAGGACUUUGAAGGGUACCUUCUAUGGAAACUACAAACCUCGCUCUGAUCUGCCUUCUGUGGUGGAUAAGUACAUGAAAGGGGAGCUGGAAGUGGACAAGUUCAUCACUCAUUCCGUCCCUUUCUCAGAGAUCAACAAAGCCUUUGACUACAUGCUCAAAGGGGAGUCCAUCCGAUGCAUCAUUCGCAUGGAAGAUUAGAACAUUGGUGGAAUGGUGUGUGCUGUGAGGGUUCACUUGUCCUGCUUGUGAUUGUGAAGAGGAAUAAAGUUUCAUGUAGAACCGGGUAAACCUUGUAAUACUUAAUGAAUCACAUGUUUAUGUGUACUUCGUUUGUGUUGGUGACUCGUAAGAAAUAUGCUUAUUAUCAAUGUAGUAUUUAUCAGUUUCGUGUUGUGUGA